AUGAUGCUCUAUCGUGCAUUGAUAAAGACCCACCACAUGACGUCCCGCAAAAAGAUCACGGCCAUCACCAAGGCCGCCAAGAAGUGCAAUUGUGCUGUGUAUUUAAAGUCUGGAGUGCACCCACCGGGCGUGAUGGUUGGGGAGUGCGGUGGAGAACAAGGAGAACUAGACUUAAAGGAGUGGGUGGGGAGUGUCAAGCGACUGAGGUAUAAAGAUUACAAGCUUCUAUGCUCGGAAACUGUGGAGCAAGGCCGGUUGCUGGUCAAGAGUGGUGAUGUGAAGGAGUUCCACUCGAUGAAAGCAUUGGCCCAUGAUUUGGGCGAGUGCGAGAUCUUGGAUUGGUGGAGCUUUCAUAUGGGAUUUACGAAAGGCGACGGUUAA